AUGUUUCGGUUGAUAAAGCAUCUAAUCGGGAGUGUAACAACCCGCGCUCCGCAGUCGGAGAAUGUGAGCGAGGAAAUCAAACGAUUGGAAGAAUGGUUGCAGCAGGAUCACAACGGUCUGUCGACGCAGAAUGCUGUAGAGCAGGAGAACGAAAAAAAGACGGAACCUAUCGAUCCGACCGAUUGUUUUAAGAGAACGGGUACGGUUACAUCGAUACAUUCGGCUUACCUUAUCGUCGAUGAUCACUUCUAUGUACCAAGAGAGUUGCUGAAAGGUUGCCCUUCGGCGACAAUGGUCGAAAAAAACACCAGACUACAAUUUCUUGCCUAUCGCCGAACCGAUCCCAUCUCUGGGGAAUGUUCGACGAAGGUAGUAAAAAUAUUGGCCGUAAUCGAUGGAUCGUGGACGACGGAAGAUAUGCUUGUUGAUCAGGUAAAAGAAACCGCCGAAACGGAAGAGGAAAAGGAAUCCAUCUAUUACAAGAUAACGGAACGCACCGAACCGGGUAAAGUGUUAUUUAAAACACAAAACACAAUCACGGUGGAUAUUAACAGCAAAGAAGAACCGAUCGAAGUGGAGCGUGAUAAAGUCCGCAUUACCUUCGUGCCGCAAGUGGGAGAUUUGGUAACACUCACGUGUACCGUUCAGAGUGACCGCGAGUACAUCGAUUUGAACGGCGAGGUGCUGGAGGUGACGGUAAUCGAACCAUCGCGCCUUAUUCCGGGUCGCGGAACUGUGACGGUGGUUACCAAAGUUGGUGGUGAGAUUAAGGCCCCGAAUGAUUUGUACUUUUUCGAAAUGUCACUCCUCGAGGCUAACGGCACAUAUCGUCCGCAAGUUGGUGAGACGGUGCGGUUUGAGGCGGUGGAAAACGAGGUCAUCGGUAAACGGUGUAUAAGUCUUAAAAAAAUUGACCAAUGUAAAGAUGAGAGUACUCCUGCUUCCGCCGAGACGAAACUGGAACCAUCCCAGCGCCAGCACCAACCACCGCAUCAUCAGCGAAACAGAGACAACGGUACACCUAAUGAUUUAUUCGAUGACAAGAACGGCAUACGCGUAAUAGGAGAGUUCGACGUGACAUUCAAUAAUGUGCAAGAGACGGUCGUGCGGGUGGUAACCAUUCGUAACGAGUCCGAAAAGCGGCACAAGAUCAUGAAACUAUAUUUGCCAAGAACGACCUCUCAGCUGCGGUUGCUCGAACCACAAGCACACAGUCAGACGUUUCUGUUUCCUAACGAGACGGCUGACUAUCGGUUCGAAAUUACCUCCAACCUGUACGGUCGUAGCCGUGAAACUUGCACUUGGAGCUUUGGCGGAGAUUUCAAGAUUGCACGUUCGUUCAACAUUCGCACCGGGGAGGAGGAUAUCGAUGGAUCGUCGGAACAGAACCCGUCGACGACAAUCGGUGCGCGAGAAAGCUACGUCAUGCGCAAGCUAGCCGCACUAAACCAAUCUCUUUCACGCAAGCGCUAUGUUGGAGGAAGGCGUAUGUCUAAGGCGCCCAACUUUGUGGCGUUCAAAUUUGGAGUUUACGAUGUGCCGAAAGAUCUGUUCGAGCUAAUAGCGAGCAGUGAGACGGAUGACAGUGUCAAAGAGCAGCUCAGUGCGCCCCCCUACCGAUUCGAUGACCCGCUGACGCCCGAUAACUAUCGUCAUCUAUUGCACACGGCACUGUUCGUGGAGGAGAUUCAUCAGUUCAUUCAACUCCGCAAGUACGACCAGGAGCGAAUUCGGUUCGUGCCGCAGGACAAAUAUUUAGCGCUACCGAUGGCAGGAAUCAGCGAGGCUCGGCCCUCCGUCAUUGUGGGUGACAUGGUGUAUGCGAGUGCCCCAUGGCAAGACGAUGCUACCGUAUUCCAAGGCAUCAUACAUAAGGUACUGGCCGAUCGAGUGUUGCUGCUGUUCGACAAUGUGUUCCACCAGAAAUACAACGGAGAAAGCUACAGGGUGUAUUUUGAAUCCGGGCGUGGCCAACAGCGCAAGUUGCAUCAUGCUCUGGAUUUGGUCCCUACGACGCUCGGUAUGGAUUACCUGUUUCCGGAGCGAAUCACACCCAAUGAGCCGUUAAUGAAUGUGGUGUUAAACGAACGAGAGGAGAUGGUGCUCUACACUAGCGAGAAGGACAGCGGCGAUAUCGGUAACGGCGACGACAAGGAGCGCAAACUUGCUUGGUAUAAUCAACGAUUGAAUCUAUACCAGAAACGAGCGAUUGUCAAUGUGCUGCGUGGCGAGAUUCGACCGCUGCCGUACGUUAUUUUCGGUCCGCCGGGGAGCGGAAAGACUCUUACUUCGAUCGAACUGAUACUGCAACUAGUGGCCAAUGUUCCCAACAGCCGUGUUAUCGUGGCGACUCCAUCGAACAGUGCUGCCUAUCUCAUCACCGAGCGAUUGGUCCAGUCGGGGUUGCUGAAACCGGGAGAAUUCGUGCGACUGGUCAGUUUGUCACAGGUCGAGCAAGAGAAUAUACCACUCGCACUGGCGCCAUACUGUGCAACAGUCAGCAUCGGUGAUAAUAACUGUGCCGAGUCCGAGCAAGUUCUCGUCACCGAGAGUGGGUUGCGCAUGAAGGUACAGGCAAAGCACAUAGGUCAGAAUCGGGUUACGAUCAGUACGUGCUCGGCCUUCGGUACUCUGAUGCACCUGCGUUUCCCAACGAACCACUUCACGCACGUGAUCAUUGAUGAGGCGGGCCAGUGUUUGGAAGCGGAAACGCUCAUUCCGCUCGCACUCAUCAACAAGACCGUCGAUUCGGUUGUGCUGCUAGGUGAUCCACAGCAGCUGGGUCCUGUUCAGUUAAGCCGUUUGACGGAAAAUCAUUGCACACGGGUAUCGAUACUCGAGCGCCUACUGACGACCAAUCGGCUGUACGCGGUCGAUAGGGACCGCUUUCCCGAUUCGUUCGGCUACGAUCCGCGCUUCAUCACACAACUGCGCAUCAACUACCGCUCCAUCCCAUCCAUACUCUCCGUGUAUAACGAGAUAUUCUACGAUGGUAUGCUGCUACCGAAUCAACUGGAAAACACUGCCGACGAUGUGAAGCUGCUCGGCAUCAUGCACCGAAUACUGGAGGUCAAGCGCGAGACACCCGAUUACGGGCUCUUUUUCUUCGGUGUCGACGGCACCAAUAAGCAGGCCCCCGACAGUCCCUCGUGGUUCAAUAAUGCCGAAGCCUGCACGGUUAUACGCGUGGUGCAGAAGCUGUUCAUGAAAGGGUACGAGAUGCAGGAUAUCGGCAUCAUCACACCCUACCUGAUGCAGAUUCGGACGAUCAGGCGUCUUUUCGAAACAGCCACACUAGACGCACCGAAGAUUGGCACUGUGGAGGACUUUCAGGGCCAGGAGCGCCGUAUUAUCAUUCUGUCGACUGUCCGUUCUUCCUCGGCACUUUUGCAGCACGAUAUCCGUGGUAUGCUCGGAUUCGUGGCCAACAAAAAGCGUAUCAAUGUAGCCAUAUCGCGGGCCAAGGGAGCGCUGCUGAUCGUGGGCAACCCACGGCUGUUGGAGCGUGAUCCUCAUUGGAAAGAGAUAAUCGAUCGUGCCAUCAACAACAAUACGUACGUUGGUUGCACCCUGCCGCCCAGAAACCAGCGCGGUGGUGCUGGUGGUGGUAAUUAACUCGGUUCGUGCACCUUAUUUUACAAUGAAGACGAUUUUGAAUUACCAGUAAUUGGAGAAGAUUGGUUUUAUUUGAAUUUUGUGUUAUGAGCCCAAGCGCAUCAAUUUCGACCAACUAUGACCAAACUUUCAUACAAUGAAAUAAAGCCGUUCCUUGAUUGACCGUUUCAUAU